AUGUCAGUAAGGCCGGACUCUCAAGCUUCAGAGGCUAUCAGCUUGAAGACCAUGGACGAAAGACCGGUCAUUGGUGAUGUCCAACAGGACGAAGAGAAGAAAGAGGAGCUGAACGAUGUACAGGACGCCCUACCUCAGCCUGUCCAAGAUAUCCAACACAAGGAAAAAGAGUCCGCUGUCAAUAGUGAAUCAAACAAUACUGGGGAAAGUGAGGUCGCUCAUGGCGAGUCCAAGCUGGACAAUGAAGAUGAACCCAAGUUGAAAGAAGAGGUCAAUGCGCAACAGUCAGAACAAGGCAAUGAGAACGGUCAAGCAGAUGAUGUCAAUGGUAAAGUCGAUGAGAAAGGGGUAGAUGGUGAGGCCAGGGAUAACAAGGUGGUGGUCAGUACCGCCAAGGAGGCUGCAAGUGGUGUCAAGAAGGUAUUGAAGAGUGGUGUAUUUGGUGCAGGUACACCCAAACCCACUCCCAAGGCUACCCCUUCUGCCAAACUCAGCACAUCAUCCACCAGACCACUAACCACAGCGAGACAAUCACUAGCACCUACCAGACUUACUACCACCACCGCUCGUCCGACAACUACAAGUAGGCCAUCAGCUACUACAUCUACCAGCACCAUUAGUCGACCAACCCAUACCUCUAGACCCUCUCAAUCGACUGCACGAGCCAGUGUUACCCGACCUACAGCCACCCCAGCAUCCAAAGCUGAACCUUCUUCUACCACUGCUACCAGGCCACGAGCAACUACCGGUGCGUCAGAUAAGACCUCAACUUCAUCUUCCGCUCCUAGGAAUGUCACCCGUCCAGCUGCUACUACUUCAUCUACCCCGGUCAGACCAAGAACAUCAGUCAAACCACCUGUUCCUACCCCUGCUCGAACCAGCACGACUACCCGACCAGACCCACUGAAUUCUAGUACUGCAUCUACAACAGCUACUGGUGCUGCUACCAAACCCAGAGUAGGGUUGACAAGUUCCACUUCGAGGUUGAAUGCUGGAAGAGCAAGUAUGUUACCUUCUUCCAAGACUGCUACCGGUACUGGUACGGCACAGAAGGUCCGAGGAGGAAGUGGACCGAGUGUGUUAGCUGGAACCGCACCAGAUAGGUCCAAGCAACUUUCUGAGCUCAAGGGAAAACUCGAGGGCCUGGAGAAGAAAUCGGCAGAGCAGAAAGCAGAGUAUGAAAAGAAGAUUGAGGAGUUGACCAAAGACAAAGUCGAUUUGGAGCAGAGACAUGCUCAAGCUAUCGAAGAGCUGAACGCCCGAAUUGAGAAUGCUACAUCUCAAGCUGCUGACAACAACGCUAGCGAAAUCAACGAACUGAAGGAGCUUCAUACCGCGGAGCUGAAAGCUGCAGAGGAACAACGAGGAACAGCUGUCAAAGAGCAGGAAGGUAGACUCGAGGCUAUAUCAGCCGAGAAAGAGUCCCUUGUUGCUCAACUCGCGUCCCUCCACGCUGAGCUUUCCACCGCUCAAUCAUCAAUAACCGAUCUGAGCACCACUCUCUCAUCCGUCCAGGAAGAGCUCUCAUCCCUUCGAGUGACGCACGGAGAAUCGACCUCUUCCCUCAAAGACAUUACCGAGAUCAAGACUUCGCUCGAGGGGAAAGUAUCUGAACUGCAAGCUAUCAAAGAGAAACUCGAAGCUGAAUUGGCGGAAGGUGCCGAAGAGGCUGAAAAGUCCAUUGCGGGUACCACAGGUUUGGAAGGGAAAGUGAAGGAGCUUCAAGAGGAGAUUGAGGAGUUGAAAGAGGGUUUGGAGAAGGAAAAGGAGGGUAGGAGGGGUGACGAGGAAAAGUUCAACGAGCAGAAAGAGAUCCUGUCGAAAGAUCUUGAAACCCAUAAGGCUACUGCUCAAGAACACCUGGAUGCGCUGACCAAAUCAAGGACUGAUAAUCAAGCUCAGCAAGAAGAAUUGCAGACGAUCAAAUCCGCUCACGAUGAACUCUCAUCGACCUAUGCAACCUUGCUCGAGUCCUCCGCCAGGCAUCCCGAAGCCUUAGCCGAAUUAGAAAGACAAUUGAAAGAUGUGAACGAAAAACAUGAAUCACUCCUGCAAGAGGCCACUUCAUCUUCCAAUGCCAGAGUAUCUGAACUUGAGUCUAGACUUGCUGAAGUGAUUGAUGCGAAGGAUAAAGCUGAGAAUGAGUUGACCGACUUGAAGAGCAAAGUCGAAGAUUUGGAAGAGGAGCUUGGUCAGCUUUCGGAAGUAAGGAAAGGUAUGGAAGAGAAGGAGAAGGCUUUAAACGAGAUCAUUGCCAAGCUCGAAGCGGAGAAGGAAAAGGAGAAAGUUGAAUUCGAACAGAGGUACAACCGAGCCUUUGAAGAUGCCAAGUCCGCUGCGAACGAGUCCCAUCAUGCAGAACUAUCUUCAAUCCGAGCUGAAUUGCAAAACACCCAUACUCAACUUCAAGAAUCGCACAAAGCCGAGAUUGAAGCUCUUCAAACAUCGCAUUCUCUUGCUCUAACAGAUUUACAAGCGGACCAUCUGAAAUCCCAACGAACGCUCGAAGAAUCUCUUGUGUCCACUCAACAACAAGUUGUCGAGAGUCAGACUCAACUGAGUGAACUGAAAGAAGUCAAUGAGAAGUUGAGAAAUGAGAUUACCAGGUUGAUUGGUGAGGUUGAGAGUCUUGGGAAGAAGGAAAAUACGGAAACGGACAAGGUGGAGCUUGAAGGGGAACUAAAGAGGGUCAAGGGGGAAUUGCAAGGUGUGAAAGAUGAACUGGAAGGUGCUAAGGAGAUGGCCGAGAUGAACAAAUCUCACUUCGAAGCUUCCCUCUCAUCUAUUCAGGACCAACAUUCUCAGGAGAUCAAGGAAGCGGCUGAGUUGAAGAUCAAACAAUUCCAAGAAGCAGAAGAGAAGUAUCAGAACGAAAUAGAAGAGUUGAAGAUGGGAAUGAAGAGACUGGAGAUACAAUUGCAGGACGAGAGAGUGGAGAAGAACAGUGCACUUGCUAGAUUAGCUGACUCGGUCAGAACACCACCUACCUCGCCCAAACCUCCCGCCGAACCUCACUCUCCAGCUUUGACCAAACUUCACGAAGCUCAUAAUGCCAAAGUAGUUGAUCUAGAGAAUGAGAUCAGAAGAUUGCAGCAGGAGCUAAUUGAAGCUAAAGGCAACGACAAGAAGCUGGAUGAUAUAGCUGUAAAUGCCAACUUGACUGAAGAUGUCAUCGAUGAAACAGAAACUUUCUAA